GAGAAAUCAAACGACGCACAACCGGCCUCCACCGCUUAUGACUUGGUUGCAACAGAAGAACAGAUAAAUCGUAAAUAUUGCGGUUCUUCUGUUUGCAAAUUUUUGUUCCCGUUCAGUAUACGAGAGCAAGAAUCGAGAGCAAGACUGCAAGUCCCAGGCUUGAUUAUCAUGGCACAGCAAACCAAUCGAGUAUUAGUUUUACCAAAUGUUGGAGAUGCAAGACUUGGUUCAUGCAAGUCCUUUACGUUUGAUUAUUACUAUUCUGUCGAAUCAAUGCGGCAAUCUGCUCCAAACACUACAUUCAUCACGCAAGAUCAUUUUUUGCAGUGGAACCAAGAGAUGAAGGCAAUCAAGGCUAAAAAGUAUACAACAAAAAUUGUCGAAUUAAGCAAUGCGGUGGGCAAAGAGUAUAUUGGAUCCAACCAACUCGAUCUUAAGCGAUAUAGAAAAAAGGAAUGUUUGUUGCCAUUCGAUCACCUGGAAUAUGAGACCAACGCAACACUCGACUUGCAUAUUGCAAGGAAAACUGGGGACCAAUUUGUCAUCGAUGCUCUUCAAUCCGUUCAAUCAGACGUCAUCUUAAUACGGUAUACUGCAUACAAAUUCAAUUAUUCACUCCUGAAAUAUCAGCCUGCUUCGCUUAC